UUAGGGAUAAAUACUAUUACCCCCCUGAGUUUAGGUCAUAAUUAUUACUUCAUCACUAAAUUUUAAAAAGUGAAUUAGUUCCCCCCUAAGUAUUUAUUAAAUUCAUGACAAACCCCCUCCGUCUCUCAGUCCGUCAAAUGUCUGUUAAUUACGUAAAAAGGACAAUAUUGCCCUUUUAAUUAAAGAGAAAACAAAUUCAUUUCCAUCUUUUUUAUCAAUUCUUUAUUUCCAUUUUUAUUAACCCUCUCUCGUCUUUUUCAUAAAUCCCUGAACCCUAAUAUUUUACCUUGCUUUGUCCAUCUCUUUUUCUAUUUCGUCUCUUUCUCUUUUUGAACCAUGAUUUAGCUUUUCUCUUCAUUUUCUCUAAAUUACCUUUCCUACUAAACAACUUCUAAUUUUGUUUAAUUUUAUUUGAUGACCUAAAAUGAGCAGAGAGUAUCAAAUUGAUGAGUUGGAGUUAGAGGAAGCCAUUAGAGAUGCUCAAUAUGAAUCAAACACAAUAGAAAUAGAAAUGCCUAAUGCACCAGAAAAUGAAAAUGGAUUAGAAUCAGAAAUUAUAAGGGUUGUUGGUGAGUUAAACAGAACUGAAAGACAAAUACAAGAAAUUCAUGGUUCUGAAAUUUUUAGGGAUAUUCAAUACGUAUAUGUAAGGGGAAAUCAAGGUAGAGGUGGAAGAAGAGGUAGGGCUGGUAGAGGAAAUGGUGAGGCAGCUAGAGGAAGUAUUGGGAAUCUAAUAGAAAGGGGAAGAGGAACGGGUAAAACUUUAAGAGGAAGGUUUUCCAGGAUGGUUCGCAAUAAAUGUACCCAAGAUAAUGUCUUCUUAAAUGAUGAGAAUUUUCAGCAACCUCCAAAUGAUGAUGAUCAUGAAUGGAAUGCAGAUAAUGAAGAAGAUAUGGGUAGUGAUAGCUUAGUAAGUACAGACGAUGAAUAUAUGGAGGAUGAAAUUUUAUUAAGUGGUGAUGAGAAACUAAGUGAUGCAGGUUCUGAUAAGUCAAUUGCUGCAAUCACAACCAGUGAGAGUGAUGGUGAGUAUGAAUCAAUGAGAUCAUCUAAAAGAAAUGGUAAUUUUGACCCUUUCAAAGAAAUGGAAGUCGUUUCUUUUACUCGCACUGAUGACGGCGAUAUAAUUUUGAAAGAGAACCAGGUGUUUGAUGAUGUCUAUGAAUAUAGAAAGGUUCUUAGGGAUUAUGCAAUUAAAGGGGGAUAUUUGCUACAUUGGAAGGUGAAUGAUAAAAAUAGGGUAACAGUACUUUGCAAAGGGGAUGGAUGCCAAUGGAGGGUACAUGCCUCUGCUUUAUGUGAUAAGCAUACCUUCAUGAUAAAAACUUUGAUUGAUGAGCAUAGCUGCAUUAGACCCACUGAUAAUAAAAAUCCAAAUGCAAAUACAAAAUGGGUUACAAGCAAACUUCAUGAGAAACUAGCUGUGGAUGGGAACAUGAGCUAUGAUCUAAUGGAGAAAGAAAUGCAGCAGAAUUGGGGCAUUCAACCUCCCAAAUGGCAGUUGUACAAAGCAAGAAAUGCAGUAAAAGAAUCAGUAGAGGGAUCACACGCUGAGUCUUAUAAGUUCUUAAAGGUGUAUAUCAAAAAUCUAAUGAACAUUAAUCCUGGAACAUUUGUAAAGUUUGAGCAUUAUGAGAGACAAAAUAUGGAUGAACCAGGUCAAUUCAAGAGAAUUUUUAUAGCAUUUGAACCUUUGAUCAUUGGAUUUCUUGAGGGUUGUAGACCUUUAAUAGGAGUUGAUGGGUGUCAUUUGAAAGGUCCAUAUGGAGGCUGUCUUCUUAAUGCUGUAGCUUUGGGUGGAAAUAGAGGAAUCCUGCCUAUAGCAAUUGCAAUUGUUGAAGGGGAGUGUUAUCAAAGCUGGGAGUUUUUUCUAGACUGUUUAAAACAAUGUAUUGGAGGAGAAGAUGAAGGCAAACACUAUACAUUCAUGUCAGAUAGACAAAAGGGGUUGAUUGAGGCAGUGUCCAACAUAUUUCCAACAGCUACACACAGAUAUUGUUGUAGACAUAUCUUCUCCAAUUUCAUCAAACAAUUUCCUGAAAUUUCUCUAAGGCCGAAGUUUUGGAUGGCAGCACGAAGCACAACUGGAUUUUCAUUUUGGGCUGUAAUGAAAGAGAUACAGAAAAUUGAUAAUGGUAAGGCUAGUAAGUGGUUAUUAAAGAUAAAGCUAAAGCAUUGGUGUAAACAUGCUUUUACUAAAGAUGCUAAAAGUGACCUUAUUAGUAAUAAUAUGUCUGAAUCAUUUAAUGCUUGGAUUGGAAAGUUACGAGGGAUGCCUAUUACCACCUUAUUAGACUGUUUUAGGGAAAAAUGCAUGGUUAGAUGACAUAAGAGAUAUGCAGUAGGAAGUACUUGGGAGGGUAAGCUAACACCUCAUGCACAAAAGAUGUUAAACAAAGUCAUUAAUGAGAGUAGGAGGCAAUGUAGAGUUAUACCUGGUAGAAAUGAUGAGUUUGAAGUUAAAGAGGGAAAAGCUAAAUUUGCGGUCAAUCUUAGAGAGCGAAAAUGUAGUUGCCAGUGGUGGGAUAUCUCUGGAAUGCCUUGUAAGCAUGCAUGUAUUUGCAUUGGCUAUAAAAGACUGAAUGCAGAGGAUUUUUGUGAUGAUUACCACUCAAUCGAAAGAUAUUUAAAAACUUAUAAUGGUGCAUUACAUCCCAUGCCUGAAAUGGAUAUGACCACGGAUGAUACAUUUCUACAUUUACUGCCCCGCCUCUUAAGAGAUUACCUGGAAGACCAAGAAAAAAUAGACGUAGGGAAGCCGGAGAACCCGCUCCUUCUACAGCAUCUAAGAGAGUUAAUACAGUUCGAUGCACAACAUGCGGUCAAUUAGGCCACAACAAAAGAGGCUGUCAGCGAACAACCAAUGACCAACGAGCACCAAGGCAGACUAAGAGGACUGGAAAAGCAAGAAACGUCACUGAAGGUGCAACACAAGAAAGCCAUGCAUAGACUGCUUCGAGCAAAAGAUCAAGAACGUCAAACUGGAUAGCGCAUAUAUUUUCGUGUGCAUAAUGCUGAAUUUUUGGAACAUUAUGGUUUUAUAGUCUUUUGAUAGUUUGUAAUUUUGUGGUAGCAUACAUUAUGGCUAAUUUUUGGUAGCAUACAAUAUUGCUAGUUUUUGGAGCAUGCAGUAUUGCUAUUGUUUGGUAGCGUGUAUGCAAAUUGUUAAUGCAACUAACAGUGAAUCAAAAAUCUGAUAUUUACA